AUGACUAUUAUCAAAUCGGCUAAAAAAUUUAUUUUUGGAGGUUGUACAUCAGUUUCAUGGAGUUUGGAUUGUGGCCCUAAAAAAGAUACGCAGGUAUUCUUAUUUACCUUGACUAAUCCUCAUAAUAUUCCACCUACAAAGUAUCCAAUUAAUCCUGCUAAAACACUCAAUGCAGUUUAUCAUUUUUAUGCUCAUGGACCUAAUUUUGGUGAUAAUGCUGAUAUAUAUGUGACUACUAACAGCAAUAAAACUGAUCAGUUUCCCAGAAGUUUUACAAAAUUUCCGAUCUCAUAUAUGGAUACAACUGGACAAGGUGAUAAAACAUUUACUGGAGAACGUGAUUUUACUACAUGCGACAUCGAAGUAUUCAAACUCGCUAAUUAA